ACAGAUUAGCUUCCAGCCCUCCAAGAACAAUAAACGUAUCCACCUCUCUCUCUGGCUUUGACUCUCUGCAAGUUUGGAACCCUUUGGUUCAUCCUACAAUGGCCCAACUGGAGGGUUCGGAUGAGAUUGAAUCCAUGCGAAUUGAGUUAGCAGAGAUAGGAAGGAGCAUAAGGUCCUCAUUCAGAAGUCAGGUGUCAAGUUUACGUAGUGUGAUUUCUGAACAUCAUUGUGAAGUUGAUGAUAAUGAUGAAUAUGAGUUGCAAUGGGCCGCAGUUCAGAGACUACCAACGUUUGAAAGGGUUACUACGGCUUUGUUUGAUGACAAAAGGGAAGACGGAAAGGCAGACACCGGGAAUAUCAGAGGGAAACGAGUUAUUAAUGUCACCAAACUUGGAGCUGAUGAGCGGCAUAUGUUCAUAGAUAAUCUCAUAAAACACAUUGAGCAUGAUAACCUGCGAUUGUUGCAAAAGCUUAGGGACAGAAUUGACAGGGCUGGAGUACAGUUGCCUAUUGUGGAAGUGAGGUAUAAAAAUCUGUGUGUUCAUGCUGAGUGCCAGUUGGUUCAUGGCAAACCUCUUCCCACUCUCUGGAAUGCCACUAAAAGUGUGUUUUCUGGUGUAGCCAAUCUGUUAGGUUCAAAACAAGAAGCCAAGAUAAGCAUCCUAAAGGAUGUCAGCGGCAUCCUAAAACCUGGAAGGAUGACUUUAUUGCUUGGCCCUCCAGGAUGUGGCAAAACUACAUUAUUGAUGGCGCUUGCUGGGAAACUAAGGCAAUCAUCUCUCGAGGUUGCAGGGGAAAUAACUUACAAUGGUUAUGGACUGGACGAGUUUAAUCCUCAGAAAACCUCAACUUACACAAGCCAAUAUGAUCUGCAUACUCCAGAGAUGACAGUGAGGGAAACACUUGAUUUUUCUGCACGCUUCCAGGGUGUAGGAAGCAGAGCUGGUUAGUGCCAUGUAUAAAUGGUGAUUUUGAUGAAGUUACUGUUUAUGAAAUUGCUAAUCUGUUGUAUGCUUAUGAAAGAAAUCAUGAAGGAAGUCAUCAGAGGAGAGAAGCGGGCAGGGAUAAUUCCAAAUCCUGAUGUAGAUGCUUACAUGAAGGCAAUAUCAGUUGAAGGUACGGAAAGUACCCUUCAAACAGAUUAUAUUCUGAAGAUUCUUGGACUUGACAUCUGUUCUGACAUAAUGGUUGGAGAUGCCAUAAGAAGAGGAAUCUCAGGUGGUGAAAAGAAGAGAUUGACAACAGGGGAGAUGAUUGUGGGGCCAACAAAAGCUUUAUUCAUGGAUGAAAUAUCAAAUGGCCUUGACAGUUCAACCACUUUUCAGAUUAUAUCCUGCCUUCAGCAUUUGGCGCAUAUCACUGAUGCUACUGCAUUGAUUUCACUUCUUCAGCCUGCACCAGAGACCUUUGAUCUCUUUGAUGACGUUAUUCUGAUGGCAGAAGGGAAAGUUGUGUAUCAUGGCCCACGCACUACUAUUUGCAAAUUUUUUGAGGACUGUGGAUUUAAGUGCCCAGAAAGAAAGGGCAUUGCUGACUUCCUUCAGGAGGUAAUCUCUAGAAAAGAUCAAGUGCAGUAUUGGUACCAUAAAGAACUACCUUACAGCUAUGUUUCUGUUGACCAGUUCAUCCAAAAGUUCAAAGAAUGUAAGAUUGGCUUGAGUCUAGAUGAGGAGCUUUCAAAGCCAUUUAACAAGACUCAAAGUGGCAAAGAUUCUUUAUCGUUCAAAACAUACUCGCUAAGUAAAUGGGAACUGUUUAAAACUUGCUCAAUGAGGGAAUUCCUUCUAAUGAAGAGGAAUUCUGUUGUGUAUGUGUCUAAGUCUGUACAGCUUGUCAUAGUUGCUUCAAUGACCAUGACCAUUUUCCUGCGCACUCAAAUGGCUGUCGAUCUCAUCCAUGCAAGUUAUUAUAUGGGUUCUCUAUUUUUUACUCUCAUCAUACUAGUUGUUGAUGGAUUUCCAGAAUUGAGCAUGACCGUAUCAAGACUUGAAGUUUUCUACAAACAGAGAGAGUUGUGCUUCUAUCCUGCGUGGGCUUAUGCAAUUCCUGCAGCAAUCCUAAAAUUUCCACUUUCACUCUUGGAGUCCUUUUUAUGGACUUCUCUCACUUAUUAUGUCAUUGGCUACAGCCCUGAGGUUGGAAGGUUCUUCCGCCAGUUCCUCGUAUGUUUUGGAGUGCACCUAUCAUCAAUAUCCAUGUUCCGUUUAAUUGCCUCGUUCUCCCAAACUAUAGUUGCUUCUACAACUGCUGGCUCUGUAAUACUACUGAUUAUUUCAUCAUUUGGAGGCUUCAUUGUCCCAAAAGCAUCUAUGCCGCCUUGGUUAAAAUGGGGAUUUUGGCUUGAUCCCAUGUCAUAUGGGGAGAUAGGCUUGACCUUGAAUGAAUUUCUUGCUCAUCGGUGGGGAAAGGUUAAGUUUGGAAACACAACCGCAGGACAACAAACUUUAGAAAGUCGAGGAUUGAACUUUGACAGCUACUUUUACUGGAUAUCUAUUGCAGCUUUAUUUGGAUUCACAGUGCUUUUCAAUGCUAUAUUUACCUUGGCUUUGACUUUCUUGAAGCCUCCAGGAAAGUCUCGUGCUAUAAUUUCUUUUGAAAGAUACUCUCAACUACAAGGACUAGAAGAUGGCAGACAUAGUAGUAGUAUACACAAAGAAAGCAAAAGCACUGCUGACACUGGAAGUAUUGCAGGAACUAGAAAAGGAAAAAUGGUUUUGCCUUUCGAGCCCCUAGCUGUGGCAUUCCAGGAUGUGCAGUACUAUGUUGAUACCCCUUUGGAAAUGAGAAAACGAGGUUUUAAGCAGAGAAAGCUGCGGCUUCUCUCCGAUAUCACUGGUGCAUUCAGACCUGGUAUCUUAACAGCAUUGAUGGGUGUCAGUGGAGCAGGUAAAACAACACUUCUGGAUGUUCUUUCUGGAAGGAAAACUGGCGGUACAAUUGAAGGAGAGAUUAGAAUUGGUGGGUAUCUGAAAGUUCAAGAUAUAUUUGCCAGGGUAUCAGGCUACUGCGAGCAAACUGAUAUACAUUCUCCCCAAAUCACUGUAGAAGAAUCACUAAUAUUUUCUGCUUGGCUGCGUCUUCCAUCUCAUAUUGAUUUAAAAACUAAAGCUGACUUUGUAAAUGAAGUACUUGAAACAAUAGAGCUUGAUGAAAUCAAAGAUUCUUUAGUAGGCAUGCCUGGAGUCAAUGGGUUAUCUACUGAGCAGCGUAAAAGGCUGACCAUAGCCGUCGAGCUAGUUGCCAAUCCAUCCAUUAUGUUUAUGGAUGAACCCACUUCAGGUUUAGAUGCAAGAGCAGCUGCGAUUGUUAUGAGAGCAGUGAAGAAUGUUGUUGAAACUGGAAGAACUGUUGUUUGCACUAUCCACCAACCUAGUAUUCAUAUCUUCGAGGCAUUUGAUGAGUUGAUUUUAAUGAAAACUGGAGGAUGCAUCAUCUAUUCUGGACCACUGGGUCAUCACUCAAGUCGAGUUAUUGAGUACUUUCAGAACAUCCCUGGAGUGCCCAAGAUUAAAGACAAUUAUAAUCCAGCGACAUGGAUGUUAGAAGUUACUUCUAAAUCUGCAGAGGCUGAAACUGGCAUAGAUUUUGCCGAUAUUUAUAAGAGCUCCACUUUGUUCAAGGAAAAUAAAGAGUUGGUUAAGCAGUUGAGUUCACCACCUCCUGGUUCUAAAGACCUGCAAUUUCCUAGUCGCUUUCCUCAGAAUGGUUGGGAGCAGUUCAAAGCAUGCCUGUGGAAACAGCACUUGUCUUACUGGAGAAGUCCUUCAUACAAUUUGACGCGCAUUUUUUUCUUGUCUGCCUCAUCUGUUCUCUUUGGCGUACUGUUCUGGCAGCAAGGAAAGAAAAUAGAUAACCAACAAGACCUAUUCAAUGUUCUUGGUUUGAUGUAUUCAGCACAAAUCUUCUUUGGCAUAAACAGUUGCUCGACAGUCCAACCCUUGAUUUCAAUGCAGCGGACAGUUCUGUACCGGGAAACAUUUGCAGGAAUGUACAAUUCGUGGGCCUACUCAUUUGCACAGGUCGUAAUUGAGAUUCCGUACUUGCUUACCCUUGCGUUUCUAUAUGUGAUCAUCACAUAUCCAAUGAUUGGCUACUACUGGUCAGCCUAUAAAAUAUUCUGGUCAUUUUACAGCAUGUUCUGUUCACUGCUGUGCUUCACCUACCUAGGGAUGAUGAUGGUGUCAUUGACACCAAACAUUCAGGUGGCCUUCAUUGUGGCCUCGUCUGCCUACUGCGUGCUAAAUCUGUUCUCUGGGUUCAUUAUGCCAAGACCAAAAAUGCCAAAGUGGUGGCUCUGGCUGUAUUAUUUAUCGCCCACGUCUUGGUCACUGAAUGCCAUGCUCACCUCGCAGUACGGGGACAUUGGUAAAGAAAUUCUGGUUUUUGGAGAAACUAAGACGGUCUCUGCUUUCUUAGAAGAUUAUUUUGGUUUUCAUCCAAACUUUUUAGGAGUUGUUGCUUUUGUUCUCAUCAUCUUCCCUGUUCUGUUUGCUUCUCUCUUUGCUUAUUGUAUUGGGAGAUUAAAUUUCCAAAGGAGGUAGAAGCUCUACUGCUGGUAUUUUGUAUAAAUAAAGAAAGAUGCUGAACAAUCAAGUUACUAAAUUUACAUCA